GAUAUUAAUUUGAAACCGUUAGGGCCUACCGACCAUUGAAGAGAUUUCUAACAAACAUUCACCUUGUUCAUUCAAGAUUAACUCUUAAGAGACAAUAAAUAAAUAAGUGAAUAAUUAUGCGAUGAAUCGGCUCAAGAAUGUUUUGCUCUCUUAAGAAAUCUUAUAAAGGAUUGAUAUAAAUCUAUAGGCUAAACAUAAAUUAUAUAUUUUUAUAAAUCAAAGAAAUCGACUUCAGAAAAAUGUGAGUUUGAUUGAUGUUGAAGCUAACGUUUUUAUUUUUAGAUACCAUUUAUAUUUAUAACUAAUCAAUAACUUAUUGAAUAAGUUAUAAUUUAUUAGUAGUAUUACUAUUACUAUUUCAUUGUCAAUUUAUGAUAUUUAUGUUAGACUCAGUGACUCACUCGCUUAGGGGCCAGCCAUAGUUAUGACAUAUGCAUAUGCAUGCAAAAAAAAAAUUCAAACUUUUUACCCCACCCCACCCUGCAAAAUUUUUAAGACACACACCUAAACAUAUGGUCAUGGUAUAGACAGUCACAAUGAGCUUUUCGUCCAGCUUGCUCCAACUGGGUCAAUCAUUUUCAUAUAUUUUAUAGAUUGAACUUGGCUAAUAUUUAUGAUUGUCUUUGUUACUUGUUGGCAAUACACACUUUUUAGAAACAUUCUAAAAAUUAUAGUAUAGAUAGAUUUUUUUUAAAUGAAGGUGCAGCUCCAGUGCUAUACUUAGCUUUGAGGAAUAAUAAUUUGUAUUAAAUUUAAUUGUGAUGCAUAUUUAUCUUAUUUAGUUAAUUUGGAAAACUUAUUUUCUAUUUAUAAUUAUGUACAGUUAAUCUGAAAUUUUACAGAUUUAGCCAAACAUACACUUUAUGACAAUAUCUUAUAAUUAUAGAGCAUGGAUUCAAUAGAAAUGCCUAAUUGUAAAAUAUUUAAAUACAGUGCACUUUUUCAGUUCCAGUUCUUAAAAUUAUAGGUCAAAGCACUUCCACAAGUGUCACAGAAAACAAAAUUAUUUUUGAAAAAAAGGGAACUUGCAAUAAGAUGAAUAUGUUAGAGUAUAUAUUAUAAUGCUUAUAGUAUAAUCUAGUCUAGAAACUUACAAUAUACAUUUUACAUCCAGUGCAAGCCAAAUUGCUACCCUCAAGCCAAUGCUCUGCUUAACAUCCUUGCCACCCUCUGUCCUGACUAAAAUAUAAAAGCAUUAUCUGGCGACCCCUAAAGGAGGCUUCAAAGAUUGUUAAACAUCAUCAUUUAUUAAGUUUAACUGUUAAUUUAAUACUCUGCUAAAUUGGACAUAUUAACUUUAUAAUAUAUGUUUCUUCAGGGAGCAUUCAAUGAGACUGGUGGAAAAACACUGCUCUAAAUAUCUGGAAAUGUUUGCUGAGUGUAUACAGAAGUAUCCUCACACAUGGCAGAUGGAUUGUGAAUUAGAAAGGAGAAAGCUGGCCAGAUGUGCAGAGUCUAAGUACAAAACUAAUCUAGAGAUUUAUGUUGUUUCACAUAUUUUAUUUUUAACCAUGGUACAGGGCAGUGGUUUUAAUCUGGUGUGGCAUUCUAUCUAUAUCAGUGUUUCUCAAACUGGGUGGGGUCUGCGAUCUGCUAGGGGAACCCGAAGGGGGUCACUUAGAUACAAAUAUUGGGCUAUUUGCGAUUGCUGCAGCUGGUUGCUGUGUCCCGUGGAGGAAUCCAAUUUAGUUCCCAUGAGACUCGGUAUAUUCACUAAAUUUUGAAAACCGCUAAUAUUAUAGUGUAGUUGUAUUGGCACACUUGUUUCUAUGAAUCCAGCAGAGAGUGCUUUGAAUGUUAAGGCCUACUGUGUUCCUAGAAUUCUUUCAUCUAUUGUGAGCAUCAAUAAUCUAAAGAGUCAUUUCAAUUCGUAUCUAUCUCUUGCUGAUCUCCAACAGCCGGCCUGUCAAUUCUUUGAAACUGAGACUAAGAGCUAAACCUUUGAGCUAACCAGAGGAUGGAACAUUGGUUUGGGCGGAGGAUACUUCUCCAAACUUUCUUCACACUAAUCUAAUUUUUUUUACAGUCCUCUGCAGGAGAAAGAUUGUAUGUAAAAACUUUCUCCAUCUUUCUUAUUCUUAUGCCAAACAACCUAUUGUCUCGAUCCCAUUUUCUCCUUGGUAAAAUUUGAAUGUAAUUCUGGUUUUCAAACUUUAGUUAAGCAAAAAUUCUCAAACAUUAUUGGUAGGCACUGCAAUAUUCAUCGCCAAGCUUUAAUGGUGAAAACCUUGCCUGAUUUGAAAAAUGUUCUCUGUGAAGUGAUUACAGCAGUUAACUUCAUUGAAACAAAUGCACUCAACUCUCUUUUUUUUUCUGAGUUACGAAAAGAAAGUGGCUCCGGAGUUGAAACACUCUUGUUGCACUACCAUGUGAGGUGUCUUUCCAAAAGGAACAAUUUGAAGAAAGUUUUCCUCCUAUUUGAAGAAAUGCACUGGCCAAAACUAGAACUUGUUAAUGCAAAGCAGAUGCACCAAUCCUAUGAAAUGUACAUUCGAUGACUAAGUUUUGCCAUCUUUGUUGGUCACAAAUGUUUUGGUAACAGAAGCCUAUAUGUUCAUUUUAUUUAAUUGUAAAGGGUCCAGGAGCAUUCAAAAAAAUUGUGAAGAAACUCACACAUGAAAUCCGAAAAAAGUUUGAGAACCACUCACCUAUAUAGUGUGGGACCUUUUUAUAAACUAAAGUUAAAGGACUGUAAUUUAUAAUUCACCUCUUAAUCAGUCAAUAAUUAAAACAUAAUACCAGUGAUUUGAAUGGUGUGUCACACAAUUUUUUUUACUGGUAGUGUGCUGUUAUAAAGCUAUAGCCAUUUUAAUAUCAGUUGGUUUUUUUUUUUUUGCAGAUUUGUUUUAAUGGUUUAAAAUGUUUGCAAAUUUAAUAUCACAUGGAAUGCUGCAAGUUAUAGUCCUAGUCAGCACAAUGUAGGCCAAACAAUUUGAGCCAGCUAUUUUUAAUUGUAUGAAUGUGGCAAAAAUGUUUGUUGUGUUUGGUACUCCCUAAACUAAGAAUGUUUACCUAUAGCCCCUGUAGGGAUUUGGCCUGCCUCACCACUUCCAUGUACUCCCUAAACUAAGAAUGUUUAUCCAUCCCUCCCUGUGGCCCUAUAGCCCCUGUAGGGAUUUGGCCUGCCUCACCACUUCCAUGUACUCCCUAACUAAGAAUGUUUAUCCAUCCCUCCCUGUGGCCCUAUAGCCCCUGUAGGGAUUUGGCCUGCCUCACCACUUCCAUGUACUCCCUAACUAAGAAUGUUUAUCCAUCCCUCCCUGUGGCCCUAUAGCCCCUGUAGGGAUUUGGCCUGCCUCACCACUUCCAUGUACUCCCUAACUAAGAAUGUUUAUCCAUCCCUCCCUGUGGCCCUAUAGCCCCUGUAGGGAUUUGGCCUGCCUCACCACUUCCAUGUACUCCCUAACCAAGAAUGUUUAUCCAUCCCUCCCUGUGGCCCUAUAGCCCCUGUAGGGAUUUGGCCUGCCUCACCACUUCCAUGUACUCCCUAACUAAGAAUGUUUAUCCAUCCCUCCCUGUGGCCCUAUAGCCCCUGUAGGGAUUUGGCCUGCCUCACCACUUCCAUGUACUCCCUAACCAAGAAUGUUUAUCCAUCCCUCCCUGUGGCCCUAUAGCCCCUGUAGGGAUUUGGCCUGCCUCACCACUUCCAUGUUUAUCAUGGAUGUAAAAUCAUAGCAUGAUUACCUCUGCAUUUGUUGAGCUUACACUAGUGUACUACUAAAGGUUCAAAUAUUAGUCUUGUAAUUACAGGAGUAUUACUUUAAUUAUACCUUUGAAUGAAUUAAUACACCAGUAAAACGAACCCUUUGUACCAGGCCUGCACAACUCAAAAUGUAAGGCGGGCCGUAAUACAGUAUGAAAAACUUGUGUGGGCCAAAAGAAAAUAGGACAGGACUUGCGCGGGCCAAAGGAAUAUAGGUCAGUGGGGGAGCUAUUAAGAAAAUAAUAAGAAUAAAGAGUUUUUCUGUUACCUCGCGGGCCACAAAGUGGGUGCCCGCUGGCCGUAUGUUGUGCAGGCCUGCUUUAUACAAUUGUUCUUUUUAAAGUUAAUAAUUGAUUGCUUAACUUUCCGGAAAAAUGAGACAGAAAGGAAUACAUAAUUUUUUUCCUUUCCAGUCCGGAAAUUCUCCACAUCAAGUCAGUUUGUGCCAAACAGUUUCAAGUCUAUGAGAAGUGUAUGAGUGAAGCAGCAUCUAAUCCUGAAAAAUGUACAGAAUCAUUUCAAGUAUUCUCAUCUUGUGCAGCAGAAGCCUUGCUAACUUUCAAAGCAGCAGGUAGAUUAAUAUUGUACAAUUAUCCAAUUAAUAGUGUACCCUUUUAUUGUUAUAGAUACAGGUACAGACAUAGAUAUAGCCAAUACUGGUUAAUUAUUUUAUGUCUUUUUAAUGACUUUUCUAUUUGUUUUUUAAUUCUAGAAUCAAGUUCAUCACCAAAUUGUUCAAAAACUGAAGAGAGUUCAGAUAGUAACGUAUGACAUCAGUAGAUCUUAGUGCCUCAUAAACAUGUCUUUACCAAACAAUUCAGCACUCAGAGGAUCUCAAAACACAACAUGUGAAAUAACUUUUUUAUAAUUUAUUACAAGUGUGUGAUAUUGAUGAUUAGUUAUAUAUUUUAGAAGAAUGUAUAAUUUCCCCAUAUAGUAUAAUAUUUUCAUAAAAUGAACCAUGCACAAU